AUGUCAUUCCACAAGCUGGUCCGAUUUGAAGCCGAAGGCCAUGUGCAUUAUGGCGACCUACUAGAGCAUGAUGUAAAAUUCACUAUCCGACGGCUCAACGGCAGCCCUUUCACGCGUCUAGAUGCGACUAAAGAUAUAUUCACAGUGGACAAGCUCCUUUGCCCAUUGGAACACACUCCUAUCGUUAUCUGUGUCGGUCUUAAUUACAGAAAGCAUGCUGAAGAAGCAAACCUUCCCAUUGCUAGAGACCCAAUUAUAUUUAUGAAACCUUCGGACGCUCUUGCAGCGUCUGAAGAUAUUAUUAGCGUACAUCCUGGUGCUCAAGAAAUGCUCGACUUUGAAGGAGAGCUUGUCGCAAUUAUUGGUCGUGAUGCCAAGAACGUCUCUGAAGAAGCGGCCCUCGACAUUGUUCUUGGAUACACUACCGGCAAUGAUUUGAGUGCCAGGAACCUCCAAUUGCCCCAGGUUUCAGGGGGUCAGUUUUGCUACGCCAAGUCUUUUGAUGGAUUUGCUCCAAUUGGUUCAUACAUAACUACAGCUGAAGAUGUUUCUAAUCCCCAGACGCUUAACCUCGUAACAAAAGUGAACGGAGCCAUCAAGCAGCAAUCAAGCACCGCGGACAUGAUAUGGACCGUUAGGCAAAUAAUAGCACAUCUUUCUCGCGGUAUAACACUACGCAAGGGAACCAUUAUCAUGACUGGGACUCCUUCUGGAGUUGGAUUCUCUACUGGGCAAUUUCUUAAGGAUGGAGAUGUGGUGGAAGUUGAAAUCUCCAAUCUUGGUUCAACUCGAAACAAACUGAAUUUUGAAUAA